UGGGCUCUUAACACGAAACACCGACACGUGCUCUGCGGUUCGGACCCUCUGCAUAAAAAAGGCUCGGGAAACACCUCCCCUCUCUCUUAAGCGAAGGCACCGCGGAAGGAUCGCCAUCCUCAGCUCUGAGCUGGAAGUUCCGUGGCUUCACCCGAGAGGGAUAAAAGUUGUCGUGAGGACGGUGACGGGUCUCGAGGAUCUGGGUUUGCAGCGUUUGGCUGGAAGAGGAACUGCUCGGGCUGGGGGGAGCCACGAGCCCAGGCUGAGCGUGGUGAGAGGGCCCUGGAGCACACGAGGCAGGUUCUGGAAGGGAGCAGUGGAGCUGGAGCCCAUCAGCCAGGGGAGCACAUGGCUGGUGGUGAUGUUGUGGCUGAGCUCAGAGGGAGCUGGAGCACAUCCCCACCUCGGGGCGUCCCCCUGAAAGCACAAACUCCGCUUUGGUUGCUCUGUCUGAUCUCCUUUCUCUGGUAGUGUUGGGAGUUUCAGUGAGCUUCGUUCUGGAGGCCUCAGUAAUUUCAGUUUUGAGUUCAUGGAGACCAUCUGGGCUUUCUGAAGGUGCCUUUUCCCUGGCAGGACAGGGGCUGGAGCUCAGGGCUGGGUGUCCUGGGACCCUGCAAUUGGAUGCUCAGGAGCAAACAGCAGCUUUAGCUCAGGAUCUUUGGGGGUGCCUGGAAAACAAGGCCCAGGACAGGACAGUGGUGGAGGCCUCGAGGUUUCCAGGGGGAUUGAGUGUUUUGCUGUAGGUGUUUGGUUUGGACCCACCUGAAGUGUGGUCAUGGUGACUGAGUGGAGCCUUUCACAGGAUGCACAGGGGGCUGGAAUUGGGUUUUCCUGUAAGGUGUUUUAUCUCCAAACCUGCUGCAGUGAGGGCCCUGUGAGGCCUGUGCUGUGUCACACGCUGAUGUUUGUUUCUCCCUCACAGCCAGGACCUGUGUGCUGUUCACAGUCAAUAAUUCGGUGCAUUAGGAAUAUUAUUAAAUGCACUGGGGGAAAAUGGGAUUGGUAGUGGCUGCUGGGGGCUCUGCUCAGGUGGGCUCAUGCUCCUGAUCCCAUCUGUCUGUAGUCUGUUGGGGAAAUGGAAGGCUGUGUGUUCCAGGGGGGUGAAAGGCUGGAAAUCCAGGGCUGUGCAAGCUUCCCUGGCUUCCCUCUGGCUGAGCAGCCCCCCCAAACUGCCCCUGCUCACACCCCUCUGCCACAGGUACCCCCUCAUGCAGCCCCCCUGGGUAGGGGGCACCCGUCCCAGCCCCUGGAGAACCCGGUGGGAGCGACACUCCCGUGAGCAUUGGAGUUAAUGUGGCUUUGAGAGUUCCCUGGGACAUUCAGAGCACAGAACUGUUACCUGAGACCUGCUGGCAGCUCCCAGGGAGCUUCUCCUUGUGCAGCCCCACAGCCUGGCUGAGCUCUGGGCGGGUGACAGGUGACUCCCCUCGGGGGGGUGACAGGUACCUGUGCUCUGUGAGGUGACAGGUGACUCCCCCCUGAGGAGGUGACAGUGCCUGCUGUCUGAGGAGGUGCCAGCAGCCCACAGCGUGUCUGAGCCCCCCACAGGGGUGUUCCCUCGUGCCUCUCCCCCAGCCAGCACAAGGUUUCUCUCCCGCCGCCUCCCGUGGCUUUGCUGACCUUGGGGUUUUUCCAUCUGCUUGCGUUUCCACUUCUGGAAAAGGUUUAGUUUCUCCCCCUCGCAAGUUUUGUUAAAUUCUCUUCUGGAUUUUUUCAGCUUUUAGUUCUCUGUCUGCUCUGGGAAAUGUGUCACGAGCCCAGGGUUAAGAUUUUGGUUGCAGGAUAAUUUGAGUUAAUAUUAAAAUUGAAUGCUUUAAACCUCUGAGCGCUUGCAUUUUUGUUGGCUUAAUUGACUCUGGUUAAAUAUAAUUUAGAUGUAAUUACAAUAAGAAAAAUAUCCUCUGCCAUCCUUUCAGAAUGAGAAUUGGCUUCAAUAGCCCAUUUUUUUUGGGGGGGGGAAUUGCUGGAGGAAGAUCUUUGAUCCACGUUUGCUGAAAGAGGGGAGGCUGUGCCGAGGGCAGCUUUGUCAGCUCGUGGAUCCCAGCGAGUGUUCCCAACCUUUGUCACUCUGUAAAGCUUUAACCUCGUCAUGAAAGUUCCCGAUAGCAGCUGGGAGGAUCGUGCUGCAGCCAAUCCCACAGGCCAGGGCUCUGGAGCCUCAGUUAAACAAGCAAGGGGUGAUAUUUUGGCCUUCUCCUCUGAAGAGCCGCUCCUGGGGCCCGGCACAGUGAACUUCCCAAAAGCUGAUGUGAAUUAGGGGACUUUUUACCCUCUCCAGGCCUUGGGGUUUUGCUGCUGAGAGGGUUGAGAGCGGGGCUGGGCUGUGCAGAGCUGUGUUCCACCUCACUGAGGGUUUCCAGCCCGGGGGAAGUGGCCCAUGCUCUGUUCCAGGUGUGAGUCCCAGCCAUUGUUCAGGGGCCACCCAUCCCUUACCAGCCCCAAUCUGCUUGGUUUCUGAGCCCUUCUCACCUGAGAUUUCAGUUGGGGUACCACUUAUGCCUUUGGUGAUGUCCUAAGGUGAGGAGCAUCAUCUGCCAUGCCCAGAGCUGCUUUUAGUCCUGAUCACCUCCAGGAGUGCAGUAACUGCCCCCAAAAGUGUUUCAGUUUCACUUUAUCACAGCUAUUCCUUCAAAUUACUUUCAGGCUGAGCUCAGUGCUUCCCUCAGAGAUGGAGGUAGCGAGGCAGAAGUUUAUUUUUAGGGAAGAAUGAAUCAUCUCCUGGUUGUGUCUUGUCUCAUUUUGCUUUGAUGAGAAGUAAAGUCAGAGAACUGGGACCUGCUGGGUCUGGGUCCCUGGGUCCACGUGGAUGGGUGAUGCUGUGUCCCAGCAGCUGAGCAGGGUGGAGUGUGGAGGUGCUGAGCUGCAGGGACAGAGCCUGGGGGUGCAGCAGGUUCCUGGGACUUCCCUCUCAGGUUGUUUUGUUGGGGAACUGCUCUGAGGGGAAGGCUUGCUGUGUGAAUUCGUUGUGUGUUGAGGGGUUUGAGUCUCAGAGCUUUGCAGGAGUCGUGGCCCUUGUUUUGCUUCUCUCGUGGUUGUCUUGAACCUCUCCUGUGCUUGGAGGCUUCUCCUUACCGGCCUGGGGCUUGUCCUUGCAGCAAACAGCUUUGGCACGAGGUGUGACCUUGGCAGAGGAAUUAUCUCUAAAGCUUUUGCAACUGCUUCCUUAUCCUUGUGCUUUGUGCUUGAGGCCUGGUAGCGAGCCACUCCUUAACUUCAGAACCCAGGCUCUGAAAUAUCCAAGUUCCUUAUCUGGGGGUUUGUGGAUGUGAGCUGGAUUAAUGGCUUUCACCUUUUAAAGUCCAGCAGGGGUGAAGUGGAGCAUCGUGCAGUGGCUGGAGGAGCUGUAUUAGCGGCUUGUGGGGUGUUUGAAUGUCCUGGGGGGAGAAUUUCUGAUAAAGGGUGGCUUUAUUGUCUGCAUGGAAGGAGCCAAAGCCACUGCCACGUUCCUCCUGUGUGCUGGAUUGUCGGGCUCCUCACCCAAAUACCCGUGAGCAGCUCUGGGAAAGGGACCUUGGAGGGCUCCAUCUUGUGCUGUGGGAGGGAGCAUUUCUCUGUGUCAGCUUCCAGGCUGGAAUCCAGCAGUUCCUCUUGUCUGUCCCAUUUCCAACCCUCUCCCUCUGAUGGUGGUCCCUGCUGCCCCAUCCCAAGGCGAGGAGAUCCCUUUCUCCCCCCCAGCAGGCUGGGAUGGUGUGUAAGUUUGUCUUGGCGCUUCCAAAUCUCCUUGGCUACAAGUUCAGGGAAAUGAUUUGUGUCUGUUGACGUGUGCAAGGUGUAGGGAAUUCCUGGGGGAACGGGGCAGGGCCCAGGUAAGUUCAGGAGGAAUCCCUGGCACAGCUCAGGUGGUGCUUGGUUAGUAGAGAUGUCACUAAUUCCUUGAGUUAUACAGUUUCUGCUCCUUGACAUAUGUUUUUUUACCUUCCUUUCUAGGAAGGGGUCUGGAGGAGGGAAAAUUUCCCUUUCUGGUGAAAGGGGACUGGAGCAUUAUGACAGUCAAGUCUUUAAAAGCUUAUGAGUUCCCAGAGUCCUGGCCGGUAGCCGCUGCCUCCGCUGAUGUUGUCGGAUGUCAAUAGAGAGAGGUUGAAGGCAACACUUCUAAUGGAGCAGGUGACAUCGAAGGGGGCUGGCUUGAACCCCAACGCCAAAGUGUGGCAAGAAGUCCCCCAGGGGAGUGGUGAGGCCGUGCCCCCCUCAAAUGGCACCGAGCACACGUGGCAGGAGACGGCGGCGGCCCCGGGCACUCCGGCCGAGGGUAACCUAGAGCUCUCAGAGGACAGCUGCAAGCAGUAUGAAGUGAUGUAUUCCCCGUCCUGCGAAGCCACAAGGAACGGCACAGGAGCCGAUGAAGCCUCUGCGAACGGGAUUGUCCUGGCCACCGAAGACCUGGGAUACCAAAUCUAUGAAGUGUCUGGUGACGGCCCCUCCGCCGUGUCCACAGAGGACAUCAGGGAAUGCUUGAGGAAACAACUUGAAUUCUGCUUCUCCCGCGAGAAUCUUUCCAAGGAUCUCUACUUGAUGUCUCAGAUGGACAGCGAUCAGUUUGUUCCAAUAUGGACAAUUGCCAACAUGGAAGGGAUUAAGAAGCUGACAACGGAUAUGGACCUUAUUCUUGAAGUUUUGAGAUCUUCUCCUAUGGUACAAGUGGAUGAGAGAGGGGAGAAAGUCAGACCAAACCACAAGCGGUGCAUUAUCAUCCUCCGUGAGAUCCCUGAGACAACACCCAUAGAGGAGGUGAAGGCCCUGUUUAAGAACGAGAACUGCCCCAAGGUGAUCAGCUGUGAGUUUGCUCACAACAACAACUGGUACGUCACAUUCCAGUCCGACACAGACGCGCAGCAGGCGUUUAAAUACCUAAGGGAAGAAGUGAAAACCUUUCAGGGCAAGCCAGUAAUGGCCAGGAUAAAAGCCAUCAACACGUUCUUCGCUAAGAACGGUUACCGGGUGGUGGACUCCAGCGUGUACCCCCAGCCCGUGCAGACCCAGGCCCAGUUUGCCUCCCCCCUGUUCAUGCAGCCUGUAUAUAGCCCUCAGCAGUACUCCAUCUACAGCAUCGUGCCUCAGACCUGGUCUCCAAAUCCUGCACCUUACUUUGAGACACCACUGGCCCCCUUUCCCAAUGGUGGAUUUGUGAAUGGCUUUAAUACACCAGGAUCAUAUAAAACAAAUGCUGCUUCCCUGAGUAUAGGUCGCCCGUUCCAUAGGAAUCGGGUGAAGCCCCAUUUCCGCUCCUCCAGCGGCUCGGAGCACGCGGAGGGGCCGCCCGCCCUCGGGGCCGUGCCCGGGGGGGACCCGGGCAGAGCCAGCUCCAGGAAUUUCGUGAUGGAGAGACACAGCAGCCCCUUAGCUGGGCACCAAGACCAAGGCUACUCCCAGAAGGAUUCUCCCACGGCACAGCUGGAGCAGAACGGGGAUUACGGCGUCGGCAGGGGCAGGAGGAACGUGUUCCGAGGCAGGAGGAGACGGGACGACGACCGGCUUUCAAGACCUCAGCCUUCAGCAGAAACAAAGACUCAGACACCAAAGUUUGACUUGCUUGCAUCAAAUUUCCCACCUUUGCCUGGCAGCACAGUGAAAAUCCCAGGGGAGCCUGUGCUGGAGAGCAGGAUGUCCGACAUCGUUAAAGGAGUCUGCAAAGAGAAGGAAGGCAAAGACUCGCUGCCCACGUGCCCGGCUCCGGCUCCCGAGGAACAGACGCCGAGCGCUGCCCAACCGCCCGCCAGCAGCGCCAGCUCCCCGAGCCAGAGCGAGCCUGUGCUGCUGAGCACGGUCCAGCCGGAGAGCAAACCAGAAGAGGUGUCUGCUCCGAAGGACGUGGCCAGCCAGGCCUCCCCGCCAGCCUCCCUGUCCCCUGUCAGUGCAGCAAAGCCACCAAGGACAAGCUCCUCCUCACCUUCUGCUCAAGCAAGUGCAGCUCCUGCCCUGUCGACUCAGGAGCCCCGCAAGCUCAGCUACGCCGAGGUUUGCCAGAAGCCCCCGAAGGAGCCGCCCGCGGCCGCCGUGCAGCCCCUGCGGGAGCACCGCGCCAACAUCGUCGCCCCCGCCAAGGCCGAGGAGAACGGCUCGGCCGACAGGGCUGCCGAGAAGGCCCCCCCAGAGAAGGCUGAAGGUCGAGGGAAGGAUUUCUCCGGGUUCCGCGGCAGCGGAGCCCCCAGGGGGGCCGCCGGGAAAAUCAGGGAACAGAGGCGCCAGUUUGGACGCAGAUCUUCGCCUCAGGGAGCCCCGCGGCGCGUCGGGAAGGAGCAGUUCGUGCCACCGCGGUCACCAAAGUAACGCUGGGCCAGCCAACGAUCCUCUGUUUAGUUGGAGCUGUGGACUGAGGAGCAGCAGAGACUUGGGAGGAGGAGGAAGGAUUCGGGAAGGGGAAUUCUGAACUGUGGAGCGUGGCUGGCGUUGGAGGAGUUGUGGAGGGGGUCCCAAAAUUCAUCUCUUUAAGAAGCGAUCUCACAAAUGCUGGAGGAUUCCAAUCACUAUAAAUAUAGAGAUUAUAAUUUUUGUAUUUUUUUUUUUUUUGGUUUUUAAUUUGCAGAGGGUUUCCUGCUUGAAAUCGGUUUUUGGGGCUUGUGAAAGUAAGCGUUUUGACAGAGCGAAAGGAUCUGACUUGACGAAAUUAACCUGUCCCUCGGCGUAGGAGGAAAAGGAUAAGAGAAUUAUUAUUUUUGAAAAGAAAAAAAAAAGAUAAUGAGCAUUUCUGUAAAAUUAGAACUUUUUUUUUUUUUUUUAACCUAUUUAACAUUUGGCUUGUGGGCUGGUGUGUGUGCCAUGGACGGCCUUGCACUGCAGACCCUCUGCAGCGGCGUGAGCGGAGCGAGGGCAGCCAGAGCUGCCGUCAUCCCUUAGUCACUGAUGAUGGAAACUGAAUGUACUACUGUAGUAAACCUUGUGUUUCCAGCUUGAAGUAGAGUCUCUUGACCUUACUAAUAAUUCAUUCAGCAAGCUUUUUAAAGUGUAAUUUUUGCAGGAUACUGGACUUGUAGAUGAGAGAGGGGCGUGGACAGCAAAAAGCAUCUUGGGAGACGCGACGGGAGGAGGCAGAAGGAGCACGUCAGAGUUUUUAAUUUGCCCUUUUUUUCCUCGCCUCCUUUUGAGGGCAACUUCUUAGGUUUGGGGUUUUGUUUGUUUGCCUUUUUUUUUUUUUUUUUUCUUCUCCCUCUCUUGUUACUUUCUCUGAUUUCUUUAUUACAGACUUUAGUGCAUUUUUCCUGAGGCAGGCCCAGUGUAGGACGGACAGGUGGCUCCACAGCACCUUGUGUGGCUGCACAGGUAAAAAGAGCCCGGAAUUCCAGCUACAGGUGGGGAAUUCUGGGCGCUCACCAUCAUCUCUGGGUGGCUGGCAGCAAAAACCAGGGCCGGGUUUUCUUUGUCCUGCCUCUGUAACGGGCUGUUGGCCUCCAGAAAUCGGGGUUCUUACACCUGGGGAACUCGUUGUUUACAGCUCAUGUAGUAGAGACUGACUUGUUGUGAGUGUUCAAAGUGGAACUAAAAGUGAAGAGUUGAAACCCCCCCCCCUCGUGUUCAGAGAAGCUACUGGAAAGGUGGCACCUUGCCAGCUGUGUGCUGACUGAAUUUGCAACACUAUUGUGCAGUAAGUGGUUAAGUUUGAGGGUGAUUAAUGACCGAAAUAGGAACAUUCAGCGCAUUAAUCUGCCAAAAUCAGCAUGCCAGGGUUCAGAGUUCUGUAUAAAAGCGUUGGGGAAAAGUAGCUUCCAGCAGUAAGAAUCACAUCUUUAUUUUUUUUCUCCUUUUUUUUUUUUUCUUGUUUUGUUUGUUUUUUUUUUUUUUUGUUUUAGUGAAUAGCAAGUGUACAAAUUUAAAGUCGUAAGUUGUGAACACUGGAAAACUCAAUUGUGAUAUAUUCCAUAACCAUCUUAGUAAUAUAUGCUCGUGUUGCCAUAGAAUGAAUGUAAGUGGCAGUUAAAAUAACUGUGAAAUUUUUCAUCUUCUGAGUUCUUAGCCAGAUAACCCUCGGCGACUUGGGCCUCAGUAGGAAUUCUCUAUCAACUGCUUGGGAGAACACUCAUAUCUUAUUUUUAUAAAUAUAUAUAUAAAGCCAGAGUUGUCAUUUCUCUAACUUAUUAUUCAGCUUGGCAAUUGCUUUGAGUUGAUUCAUUAACACGAUAUAAUGUAUUUAUGCAGUUAACUGUUCAUUUCUACGCAUGGGAUUGUCAAUAGAACCAUAGAAUAGGCUGAGUUGGAAGGGACCCGUCAGGAUCAUCGAGUCCAACUCCAGGACCCCCCCAAAAUCCCACCAUGUGCCUGAGAGCGUUGCCCAAAACGCUUCUUGAAGUCAAGACAGGCUUGGAGCUGUGACCACCUCCCUGGGGAGUCCGUUCCAGUGCCCACCCACCCUCUGGGGGAAGAAGCUUUUCCUGAGAUCCCACCUAAAACCUCCCCCGACUCAGCUUCCUGCCCUUCCCUCCCAUCCUCUGCUAUGUAUACAUAUAUAUAUAUCUAUCUAUCUAAAAACCAAAACCAUUGUUCACUUUGAAACUACCUGUACUGGGUUUGGGAGGUUUGUUGUUUUGUUUUUUUUUUUUAAUUAAUUUUAAUUAAUGGUCACAUCUACAGUUUAGGGAUUCUCCCAGACCCUUCUCCCUUUGCUUGGGUGACGCUGCGCUGGUUGGAAUGACAGGGAAGCUCGAAACAUUUCGUGUGUCAAAAGCUCUGAAAUGCCAUGAAAAUGCAGAGUUGGGUUCGUUCUCAUGGCUUGUGAACUGUUCCUGCAGCCCAGCUGGAACGAAGUGAACCUGUGGGAUGGUCACAGGCGGUUGGGGAGAUGUGCCCUGAUGGCUGUUGGCUGAUCCAGGCGGGAGCUGUGUGGGAAGGGGCUGCUGCAGGUGUUGAUCAGAACUCCCUGAUCCAUCUGCUGGAGGGACCUGGGGGUGCUGAGAGGACCUGGGUGGUGAAAUGGUGACUCCUGCACUGAUCAGGGGUGGGGAAAACCCAACCAGCCGCGGUUCAGCCCUGGUGUGGGAUGGGGAAGGGAUGCUCUGUGUGUCCUGGGAGUGCAGAUCGUGGCUCUCGUGCCGUGGGUGCAAGUCAGGCAGUGACUGGGCUGUUCCCAGCAUAUCCCAGCUUCUCUCAGCUUGGGGUGCUGGGAAUCGUUUAUUUCGUCCCUGGGUGCAGGGAUUUCACUUUCCCUUCCAGCUGUGGUUCGGGGUUUGGUUCUUUUCAUCCUUUUCCAAGCAGGGGGAAGUUCCCAAGUCGACACAGAGGCUGUGACACCGCAGUGGGGUGGGAGUUGUGCACCAGGAUUCAGGCACUGGCUCUUCCCUUCUCCUCCUCGGGCUGGGCUUGGGCAGGGCCUCGAGUGCCUCCCCACCAGUUUGGCUGUUGGGACAGACUGGGCAAACUGGGACAAAGCAAAGGUUUGGAGCCAGGCCCGCUGCUGGAGCAGCUCAGGGGUUGCACUGGAGCUGGAUCGUGGCGUCAGCAGAGCUCAAACUGUCCCUGUCACACUUGAGGUGACAACUUGAGGUCCCUUCUGGGCAGUCCCUGGGGGGAUGUAAAGGCAAAUUGCCCUGCUCUGCUGGUCUCAAAUUCCAGGAGGUGCAAAUCCCACCUAAGGUGCAGUUUUAGGAGCUGGGACUUUGGUUUUCAGAGGUUUGGUAGCGGCAGAAACACCUCCCGGUUGAGUUUCUUUUCCCAGAAAAGAUGGGGCCCCUCUCUUGUGCUUCUGCCGGGGAGCGAAAAGAGGAGGAAUUCUUUGCAUGUGAUAGAUUAAAAGUGCAAAAAAACGUUCUAUUUCUUUGGAUUUCUAACGUUGAGUUAGUUUUAUAGUAUCUUACAUUCCUGCUCUCAUUUUGUUUUUCGUUUUGUUUGGUUUUUGUUUUUUUUUUUUCCUAAAUUAGCCUGGCACAGUUUUAUGAUGGUGCAGUUCUAGCUGUAGGUUUAAAAAAAAAUAAAAAAUAUAUAAAAAAAUAAUAAAAUAAAGUAACCCACUUAUUAACCAGAAGAGAAAGAUGAUACUGUGGCAGAUCAGUAGCAAAUAAGUGACUUAAUCAAUGCUUUACUGUAGUUAAAUAGCUAUGGCCUUACUUCUUUGUCGAUAGCAGCUUAAUUGUCUUGAAACUGUCCGCGAUUUUUACUGUCCCCAGGUGGGUUCCCCUGGGCUGAGAUAUCUGGUAUGUACAGAUGAUAUUUUAAAUUUGUAAAAUGCACCCUUGUAUUACAGACGAUGCAACAGAAAUGCACUUCGGGGGGAAACGGCUUCUGAUGAGGUUUUUUUUUUUUUUUGUAAAUCCUUGAUUACUACAGAUAUGCAAUAGAGGUGUUUUUUUUUGUUGUUGUUGUUUGUUUCUAAUUUUGAUAUUUCCUUCUCAAACGUAAGAUUGUUGCCAUUAAUCUGAAUGAUUUAUCGUGCUUUUCUUUGCGUGUAUAUAUUACAUAUAGUCUGAGCUUCCUUUUAGGAUGGUACAUAAUUUUGGGUUGUUGUAGUAUUUUAGUUGGCUCUUCUCUUAAGUGCCUUUAGCUCAGGCACUUCAAGAGGUUCAUUGAGUCUGUUUUUAAUGUACAGUUGGGAGGACUUGAAAUGGAGUUAAAGCGACUUAUUUCUGAAAAAUAAAAAAUAAAAAAAAUCCAUCUGCAAAACUAACCUGUAACAACUUUAAAGUUUUAUAUUUAAGAACCAGAGGUUUAUUUUUAUGGAGCUUCAGUUAUGGAUACAGUUUCCAGGAAAAAAAAAAAAGCAACUUCAAAUGUAAACAGACUGUGCAUAAAUGGGUUUUGUUCUAAUUUUUAUAGAAUACAAAAUAUUCAGAUAAUAUAUUGAGCUCGAGUUACUACAGACAUCUUGUUCCUCCCGGAUGAAUCCAGCUUCCCCUUGGCAUUGACGAUCUCUCUUCAAAGUGGUAGGAAAGGAGAAAAAAAGCGACUUUAUCUGGCUUUUAGACUGUCUGUUCUGGUUUAUUCCUGUUGUCAAAACUGUCCAAAACGAAAAUUAGUGUAAAGUAGGUUCAUGCUUUAAAUGUUCAAAUGAUAAUACAUGUAUUUGUAUUUGUUUUUGACAUUGCCAAGGUGCUAUGGGAAAUUUGAAAUAACAGUUAGAAAAAUAAAGCUGAUUUAAAGGAGAAAAACAAAACAAA